AUGGCAACAAAAACAUCUGAGCUUCCAGAAUAUCCGGACCUUGUUCUCAAAAAUUUCCCAAAAAAAGAAGGCGAAACUGUUCAACUAGAAGAUGGAAGACUACUCGGUUUCAUGGAGUAUAAAAUAACGCAUACUGUCCAAAAGAAAACAGCGCUCAGAGACACUCGAGAACACGUAAUUCUACUGAUACCAGGACUACCAGGAUCUCGAUUUUACUGCCACCCGCACGUACUUGCAGGAGAAAAAGAAUUAAAUAAAAAACUGGCGAAAAAUAAUAGCGAUAGUAAUGAUGACGAUAAUGAAAGUUUGGAUUUGAUUAAAAUUCGUUUAUUUGUAUUAGAACGACCAGGAAUUGGAUUAUCGACAUUUGCAAAACGAUCAUUUCUCGACUUUGCUAAUGACGUGAAGGAAUUUUGUGUGAUAAAAGAGAUAACGGAAUGUAAAGUUAUCGCUUACUCUGCUGGCGGUCCAUACGGAUUAGCACUCGCUCAUUCUUUAGGUAAUAGUGAAGAAGGUGAACAAGGCGCACUAUUAAAACCACUUGUCACAAAAGUUGCAAUCAUUAGCGGAAUAUCACCACAUAAUGCUCCAAAUGCCACUGAUAGAAUGCCUUGGAAAUUUAAAUUAGCUUGGUGGCUUACUAAGCUUUCUCCUAAGCUUCUUUCUUUAAUGGCUUCGUAUGAAGCUAAAAAGGCAAUCCUCGAUCCAGUAGUAAUAAUGCGUGAAUCAUUAAGCGAUGGACCACCAUCAGAUCGAGAUAUAUAUGAAAAUAUGCCAGGAGUAGAGCAUAUGUGCAUAGAGAGUAUGCUGGAGCAAUACUCACGUGGACAACUUAAAACUGAAUGUUACGAGUAUUCUUUGUGGGGAAAAGAUUGGGGUUUUCGAUUAGAAGAUAUUGGGAAAUUGGGUAAAGAAGAAAGUGUCAAAUGUAAAGUAUGGCACGGGGAAGAAGAUAUCGGAGCAACCGCAGCUAUGGGUAGAUAUUUAGCGGAACAUAUAUCUGGCUGUGAGUCCAAAUUUGUGGAAGAAAAAGGACACAUGUUGUAUUUUGAAAUUUGGGAAGAGGUGAUAGAUUGGCUCAUGGAAGAGUAA